UCUUUGAAUGCUGUUUUUUCUACGCCUCGUCAAUAGAUCAGUUUCGGAUGGGACUUCCUGUCGGUUUACUUCUUGAUCCAUCCGCCCCAAAAUCGGGAAUAUUCUUCAUUCUUCAACACUAGGCAGAAUUAGUAAAUUCAAACACUAUUCUUCACACCUGGGCAUAAGACUCAACAGAAAUAGUCACACAGCGGAAGGUGGGAGAGUUGCUAGAAGUAGGCGAACUACAUUCUAAGAGAAAUGGUGAAGUACACGCAAAAGGGAAAAAUGGCACCGAAAGGGUACAGCAAAAUUCAAUCAAAUUAUACAUUUCUGCUCGGCGAUUUAGAACCGACAAGUAUUUGUUUUGCUUUAUUCCAAGAGCAUCUAUUCGACCAAAAUGAUAUCGAGAAGGUGACAUCAAAAGCUGGAACAAAGGAACAAAAUAACCAGAUCUUAACGAUUUUACUUGAAAGAUCCGGUCAUAAUAGUUAUGAAAAGUUUAUUGACGUCUUGAAAAACCUCAAUUAUGACCAUGCCGUGGAGAUACUUGAAUCAGAAUGUUCAGAUGACUCCGAUGAAAGCGGUUUUAUCGAAUUUAAUGAAGGCAGAAAAGAAAAGCAGGAAAAGAAGAGCAGCUUGGCAAGAUUUAAAGAGGCUAUUCUUCAUAGAGGAACCCCGAAUGAUGAAUUCGAGGAAAUAAGGCUGGUUAUAGUUGGAAAAACUGGGUCCGGGAAGAGCUCCUUGGGAAAUAGUUUAUUGAAUAAGAAUGAAUUUGCUUGCAAACGAUCAUCUUUAUCGGUAACGAAAGAAUGUUCAGAUGUUUCAGAGCGAAAACUUUACAAAUUGAAAAAAUCGCUGAAGGUACUCGACACACCUGGCUUUUUUGAUACGAGAUCAGAUGUCAACGUUGCCACAGAAAUAGCAAGAUGUAUCCUCAAAACAGCUCCAGGCCCGCAUAUAUUCAUAUACGUCAUGAGUAUUAACAGCCGAUUUUCUAAAGAAGAAGAGGAUUCCAUCGAUCUUUUCAAGAAUACUUUUGGUAAGCACGCCCUUGACCAUCUGGUUGUGGUAUUUACUGGCGCUGAUCAGCUUGAAGAUCAAACGCUUGACCAAUGGCUGAAAGAAGCACCUGUUAAAUUGCAUGCGUUUUUAGACGAGUGUAAACACAGGUAUGCUGCUAUCAACAACAAGGCAGGGGAGGAGGAAUUAAAACACCAGGUUAUGAAAAUAGCAGAACUUCUUGCCAAAACUCACAAAAACAAUGAAGACAAACAUUACACAAACAGAAUGUACAAAGAGGCGGAAGCUAUCUUUCGUGAAAAGAAAGAAGAGGCCAAAAGAGAGGGUGAAAAGAAAGAACGAAAAUUGAAGGAACAGUGUAACAAACUUUUUGACAAACUGAACGUACAGACUGAUGAAUUAACAAAGAAAGAGAAAUCACUUGUCGAAUUACAAGUUGCAUUUAAGGCAAAGGAUGCAGACAUAACCCGACUAAAGCAGGAACGUGAAGCAAAGAUCCGGGAAAGUAAAAGACUUGAGUCAAAAGCAAGGGAUGAAGAAAUAGCCCGAUUAAAACAGGAACAGGAGAGUAAAAGACUCAGCAAAGUAAUUGAUGAAUUACAAGAGACACAAAAGAAGCAAUGGAAACAGAUAAUUGAUUACGAAGCAAUGCUGAAUUCUACACCUAGUAUGGAGAGGAAUACUGAAAGCAUAAAAUGCAACCAAUGCUUGCACACAGUUGCUCAUGGCUCUGAUCUGUUGAAUAUACCCGGUGUUGGUGCUCUUGAGAAGUCAACAGUUACGGUAUUCGGCGCAGAGGGAGUAUUAAAGCAAAAAUUCAUUAACGAAACGGACGAUAUCUUUGAUGUAUACACGACUUCAAAAGCUGACAUUAAGGUCACCAGUAAUCGAAUCGGACAUCCUAAAUAUGUGUGGUAUGACAUCGGCUAUGAUUGGUCCUACAUGCACUGUAAAGGCAAGGAAUGUAAAAACCAAAUUGGAUGGAAGUAUCAGAAGAAUGGUGAUACACCAUUUUACGGUUUGAUAGAUGCCAACGUGACAGAUUAGGGCGACUCACUGGUUAAGUGUGGUGCAAGAGGAUGUUUCAACCGCCGCUUUAAAGGCGAUGUUAAACUCUUUAUUUUUUUAUCAAAUUUCAAUGAAUUGCUAACUAUUCUACGAAAUGAUUCAAGGAAUUAAAACCUGUAUCGUUCUUUUUAUUUUAGCCAGUCCCAAUAAUGUUUGUUUAGACACUAAUUUUAGGCAUUUCAACAUAUAUUACUUUCUAUUGAUUUAAUACUUAUUUUUAUGUUUUGGUAAUUGAGAUAUGAUAUUUAGAUAACAGUUUCAUUGUAUGUGUUUUACGGAAGACCAUAAAUCAUCGAUCACAAAACGUAUUCAAAUCAACUAAAUUUCUCAGGCUAACGAUGCCAUCGAAAGUUGAUUAUGGUCUUGAUAAGUUAACUAAUGACUCAUUAAUAAUUUAGAUAACAUUUAAAAACUAAACAAAAGACCUAAAAUAGGCAGAUUUAGCUCUUGCAUAAUGCAUAUUUAACGUUUAGUUUAGACACUUAUUAUUUUUCCUUUUACCUACGUCCAUUUAGCCGUCUAUAUUGCUUAUUUAAUUAUAGUUUUUAUUUUAUUGUGAAUUCUUUUUAGGUUAGAGGUAUACCUUAGCAACUUUUUUUUUAUAAUCUUUAUAAAGAUGCAUCCCCACGAAAGUAUUUAUCCGGUAGUUAUUUCCAAUAAAGCUGUGGCAAUUUUGGUAUAUCUUCUUUGAUUGGCAUUUAGUACUUGAGCAUAUUAACAUAAGGUACAAUUUCAGUAUUAAACCCAGUAAUUGUGUAUCCAUAAAAUUGUACCUUGUGUUAAUUUGGGUAUACAUUGAAUGUAAAGACUCUCAAUCUUUUUAGAAAAAUAUUGGAUUUCCAUGGGUGGGCCACACAAGACAAAAUUGAGGGUAUCCUAACGGACAGCUUGUCUGAUAUGUUGAACUAAAAACAGAUUAUCCCUCAAUCAAGUUGCAUGAUAAACAAGGCUGAUGAAAAUAAAUUCUCACUGCAUGGGGUAAUGUAUUGAGAGAGAUUUGAAGCAAACAUUUUAUAAAUUGAUUUAAGGAUGUUAUUAUUCCAAAUAGAUCACGAAAAUCACACAGUUUGUACGUGGGAAUGGAUCUUUAAUGUUGAAGUAUACUUUUGUCACCUCUGUUUAGUAAGUCCCUUUGUUGCGCUGUCGGGCAGUCAGUUGCCAUGUUCAUUAACAGAUAAGGUCUACAUCUUUCAUUAUAAUCUAUUGAUAUAUGGUUUCAAGAUGGUAGAAAACCUAUCUGAGUAAAUUACAGAUCUAUAAUUCGUUUUUUUUUAUACUUUCGAUGGUCUCUACCACAUGAAGAUUUGACCGGUUGUACUGGACGGUCGCGUCAGGGGUCGUACGAGCGGCUUUUGAUCCUGUGACGUCAGAAAUUGAUUAAUCAAUCAGCGUUGACGUUUCUAGUGGUUUACACACAGUUCCAUGCAUCAACGACCAAUAACAGCUGCCAUUGUACAAACCAUGCUAUAUUUUAUUUUGACCAUACACAAUCCAUUAAAAGCAUUAUAGUAAAUAAAAAUAAAACGAGUUGUGAAUGUACAAGCCAACCCAUGGACAUGUUUACUGAAUAAUAACAACAUUCUGUAUAUUAAAAUAAUAGCCGACGUAUUAUUUACUUUUAAAUGUAUGUAAACGAUCUAAAUUGUUGUGAAUUUUAUUUUGAUUUUUCAUUGCACUAUUUAUAUCUUGACCAAUUUAUUCGUGUUCUUAUUAAUCAUUCUUUUAUCUUCAGUAUGUAUGUACUGAUAUUUAUUAGAAUAUAUAUAUGUAUGAACUGAAGAUAAAAGAAUACAAUAUAAUUUGUAAAACUAAAAUUGUUUCACUAACGAUGAUUGUCAUGGUAAACGGAGUUGGCAUUGUGGCUGACUUCAUUAUGGCUUAAAUAAAAUCAAUAUAUUGAUCA